UUGCAGUUAUGAUUACCUUGUAAUUCUGGAGAACACAACAAAUGUUAGUACCGCAAACCACUCAGUUUUCUCUAAGCGUCUCUGUGGGGACUGGAGCUCGAAACUCAAACUCUUAAGAUAUGUGAGUCAAAGUUCUAGAUUGAUUUUAAGAUUUAUAUCGGAUUAUUCCCAUCAUUUUGGAGGUUUCAAAGCUCGAGUUUCAAUGGAAAAUGCAGUGCAGUGUGCUGAUGACCGCCUGUUAAUGUUCAAUAACUUUUGCUACCUUAUUGUAAGUUACCCAGAGGCAACUUGGGAUACAUCUCAACAAAUAUGCAGUGGCCUAAAAGCAAAUUUAGCAUCCAUAUUGUCGCCUGAGGAGGAAACAUUUAUAACAGCCAAUAUUCGUAAAGCAACUGAAUAUCGCACCAGUGCUUUAUAUUGGUUAGGAGCGAGAGUCGAAAAUGGUUACGAUUUUAAAUGGACUGACGAAAAUGUUAUGGAAUACUCCGGAUGGUUACCGGGACAGGUACCAACGAAAAAUGACAUAGGCAAACAUUCUAAAGGUAGUCGUUGUUUAAGUUUGCAAUGGAUACAGUCUCCUACACAUCUACUGCCAAGCGGUUUAUACUGGAAAAUUCAAAUGUGCAAUUCCAUGGGUGGUUACAUCUGCAAAAGACCGCAUCAACUAGUAGAACCUGGUUUACAUUUUAAUAAAAUAAUAAGCGGCACAGAAGGUAAAUUAAGCACACCCAAUUAUCCUGGACAUUAUUAUGACAACUUAGACUUUUCUGUUAAAAUUUCUGGUCCUGUUAAAACACGAUUGGUGAUUAAAUUUGAAAAAAUCGACAUUGAGUGGCAGAUAGAGUGCUUGUACGAUUACAUUGAAAUAAAAUCUGUGUACAAGAACCUUAAAAGACUAAAUAAUGCUGUGAAAUGGUGUGGAUCUUACGACACCGAAAUGAAUCGUUUUAAUUUUGUUUCAGAAACUAACGAAGCUGAAAUAUAUUUUCACUCUGAUUACUCUAUAUCAGGUAGUGGAUUUUCACUAACCUGGUACACAGUGGAUGUAUCGGCAUGUCCUACGCAAACACUUACAACGAAAGAAGGCAUAUUGAUGACUCCAAAUUAUCCACAUUUUUUAUUGGCUCACUUAGAUUGCUCCGUAACAAUUCUAGCUCCGAAAGGAAAAAGAAUAUGGCUAGAAUUCUUAGAGCUUCCAUCAAAUAAAACGUAUAGUGAGUUUGAGCUUAGAAACAAACAUAAUGAAGACGUCGUUUUUGAAAUAAAUCUAGGAAAACAAUCUUCAAUUUUUAAACCUUUUCAAAUAGAGGGACUUAUUACCGAUGGAACUUUUGUAUCGACAGAAGAAAAACUAAAACUAAGAUUAAGGACUAGUGAUCAUCCUCAAGGCAAUGGAUUUCGCGCUAGCUAUAAACUAACAAGUAUUGUUAAAGAAGAGAAAAUUAUUACGUUUAAUAAUUAUACCUCGGGCACUUUAUUACACUUAAAUUAUCCAGAUAUUCCACCGGCAAAUGUUGAUUUCGUUCAACAUUUAAUAGCUCCUCAGGGAAGUAUAAUUUCUCUAGAACUGUACUACGUCAAACUUAGCGACUCUGAAUGUUCAAAUGAUGAUGGAGUUAUUGAAGUUUACGACAACUACUCUGAUACAAAUGGAACUUUAUGGAAAUUAUGUUCUGACAAAGGAGAGGAAACUACGCUAAUGACACCAAUUUAUAUUUCAUCAUUUCUAAACACUUUACACCUAAGGCAGAAAAACAGAAUUACAGGAAUUCCACUUAAUGGGUCAUUACGUAUUCAAAUGGACGAAAAUUAUAAACAUAAAUUGAUCAAAUAUAAUGGGAGAAGUGUAGAGUCAUGUAAUCCUAACCCCUGUCAGCAUGGAGGAAAAUGUUUAAUGAAUAAUCGUAAGAGAUAUUGUCAAUGCAUAGGCCAUUAUACAGGGUUAUUUUGUAGCCUUACAAAAUGCGAAUUAGAACCAUGUGCAUUUGGCACCUGCGAGCUUACGAAAACCAGUUACAAAUGCCAUUGUAAAUCUGGAUAUAUGGGGUCCAUGUGCGAUCAGAAACGUAAGCCUUGUGAAGGUAACCCAUGCGAGGGUCGAGGAAUAUGUAUAGAACGUGGAGAUGGUUUCCUGUGCCAAUGCCAUGCUUGGUGGGAAGGACCUCGAUGUGAGAAACGAAUGUUAAAUAUUCCCUACAAACCGCUCAGUGAAAGAAUGCUCCAUGAACCUUUCUGGCUAGGACUUAUGACAGUUUUCGUUGUUCUGGGCGUAAUAGGCUUGGUAUGGUGUGCGAAGCGGCACUUUCCGGAAAAGAUCGAGAAGUUGUUAGCAGAAGAAGACAGCAGAAAUAGAAUCGGAGUUGCCACCUUAAGAAGUGUUUCGGUUCGAGAACAGCUAGCAGCAGCUGCUGGAGCAACGACCGUUGCCGUCAAUCCAAGUCCAGGUCCAGGAGCAUCACGAACUUUGUUUGGCCGUCUGGGUAUCCGAAAGCCAUCCAUUCUUAGCCUGACCAGUCCACACGCCAGUGGUUAUGUUCCGGCUACCGCCCGAACUUUCAGUUUGGACGAUUUGCUAAAACCUCCCCCUAGACGCACACCUUCACCAAAAAAGAAAAGAAAUAACUCAACGCCAACUAAGAAAAAUAUAGCCGAAAAGAAACAAAUUUUACAACAGUUAAUAUCUCCUAUAAAUAAACAAAAUACAAAGAAAGUUAGUUUAGGUGAACUAAUACAAUUGAGCGACGUAAAAAUAAAUGACUCAUCGCACUCUAAACAGGACGCACUUAAAAUGGCAGAGACUACAUUCGGAGAAAACCCUGCACAAACUGCACUGAAUGACCCAAAAUUGGAAAAGAAAGUAACAUUUGCACGAUUAUUAAAUAAAGUAUCUGCAGAAAUGAGUUCAGGGUCGGAAGUAGAGCUCGGAAUCAUGCAAACUAACAAAUUAGGAUGUAUGUUUGCUCGUCCAUCUAGCACACCGCCCUCUCCUGGUAUCGAAGUUAGGUCUCCAAACAGCACCUCUAGCAACCAAGGUAGCGAUUCACUCACUAGCUCUGAUCUUGCUAUUCCCAGUGCUUUGAGUUCAAGUAUUUCAGAUCUCCUUAUCAACAGACGCAACAGCAAACUUCCAAACGGUAGACUGAAGCCAACCAGUGCUGAUUCCAUUUUAGCUAUGUUCCGAAAUUUUUCAUCUAGUUCCGCAGGAGCCAACCUACCUUCUUUAAAAGUAUCUCCAUCUACCACACCCACAGCUUCCAGUCCGCAAGAUGAAAUUGUAGGCGACGACGAAUCGUCAACAUCUUCAAUUCACACACCUGUGUCAUUUUCAAGCGGCCCUCCAGAGAGCCCCAUAAUGCAGCAUCACGAUUUUGGUCAAGGCACCAUAGAAGUCCCCGUUUUGGAUCCCCUAAGUGCACAUAAGUCGUCUUGUAGUGGUGGGAAUUUGUUACAUCCACCUACAAUUUUGUUAGAAAUACCGAGCACAAUCAAUAAGUGCCUUUCACCUAUUAGAGAGUUACCCACGCCUUUACCUUCACCGAUGCCAUCUCCUGCCUUAACCCCUAUCAUGAGACGCAAUGUCAUAUUAUCCUUAGAGAAUGCAGAUUUGAGCGAUGACAGAAUAUCUAUAGAAAUACCUAAUAUAUCCGUCAAUUAUAGUGAUCUUGACGAUGACGAUGUACACUGCUCUGAUAUUGUUAUAGACCCACAUGCAGAAGAUGGACUGAUACUGGAAGAAGCUGCAUCAAUGCAUCAGUCUUCAUUAAUGAGAUUAAAAGAUCGACUGCCACCUCUUGGUCAGCCCAGGGAAAGCAAAGAGAUAACAGAGUCGCCACCUCUUGUUAUACCAACUUUGACAAUUCAAACCCCUUCUCCCACUCACUUUCCUAAACCCUCGGUCUUAUUUCCUGGUUCACCACCACCUCAUAAAUCACAGAGUGAAACUUGUUUCCAAUUUCCUGCUCCUAAGCAAUCUAAAAAAUUGUUUAAAGACUUCGAAAAGCCCACAUCACUGGAUUUACCUUGUGCUCCUCCAAUGAUUACAAUCACUUGCAACUUAAGUGAGGUUGAAUCUGACACAGAAUCUCCUGCUGUAAAACCCACUGUCCAUCUAGGUGUAACUUCUAGUGGCAUGACUUACCUCAGUCCUUUCUCCAUGAAUACUCGUGGAGAUCAUACUGCAUCCGAGUCAAAUUUAAGUUCUUCUGGAUACAGUUCCAUGGCUAGUCCUGGACCUUCCAGGUGUAGUUCUAAUAAUCCUUUGUGUCCCUCAGAAAUGGAUGAUCAAGGACCUGGAUUUGCUGGAUGUAAGAGAAGACAAUCUUUGGCACCCGCUAUAAAGCUUGUAUCUAACUUGUCUGGUUCUACUAAUACUGAUAAAAAUAUACAAAAUGAAAGAAGAGGUCGUUCAGAUUCAGAAACAUUGUCGGAUGAUCCUCUUCUUGAAUCUAAUGAUGAGGGAAUAGGUACAGAUCACAUUGAUGAAAAAAUUGACGAUGGUGAAGUGAAAAGUGCUAAAGAACUGGAGGUUUUUAUGACCAAAGAAGGUGAUAUACCAAAUACAUUAUUAAAAGAGCCUGGUGAACAUUUAUCACCGUCAAAUUUAAAUAAUAAAAAUUCUCUUCAGUUACCUUCAAUCGUGGUGCAGUUCGAUUCUCCAGGUUAUGAAAAACAUUUAAGUCCAAUGAGUUCCCGAAGUGAAAGUCCGUUAAGUGAUCGAACUUCAGGAAUGGGAAGAUUUUCACCUCAGUUUUAUGGAAAAAAUAAAGAUAUAUUACCUUUCACUGAUUCAGAUGGGCUUUAUGAUUUUCCUAGUUCUGAUAAAGUAAAUAUAACAAGUAGUACACAACACAAGAAAGUAGGAAGAAAACGAGAAAAAAAAUUAUUACGAAAUUGUAAAACACCUAGUUCAACAAAAUCACAUCACUUCGCAACUGUUUGCAACCUUUUGGAUGUUCCUAAUAGAGAACCGUUACACAAAGUUCCACCACCUAGAAAACUAAGUCCUAAACGUAGAAUUACUAGGUCUCAAGUAGUUAGUUCAUCUUCAAGUUCUGAUAGUAUUACUUCAACUAGAGAAAAUAAACUUUCAAGUCCGAGUCCAGAUACAAUUCUGUUGUCGUCACCAGUAGCUUGGAUGAAUGAGAAAUAUUCUAAAUCAAACAGAGAAUCACUAGAGGAUUCAUGUGGCGUACUGCCAAACUCUUCUGACUACAAAAAUGACAUUUCUAAUCGAAAAGUUAGCAAAUUACGAGCAAUAAGUCAUCAAAUAAGGUUUCUCAGAAGGCUAGAACUUGGUUUAAAGAAGAAAGAGAGACCGCUUAGUCCUUCAGAAAGUUUUGAAAGUGAAGAGGAAUCCCCAAGAGCUACGUCCCCAUUACUACAACACACAAAAGGACCAAAAGUAGAAAUACUCAAGAGUAGUAGUAUUAGUAAAUUACAAAAAAGUAAUAUAAACUCAACCAAAAAUUAUAAAAGAGGCAGACACAAAUCAGGCGAACUUUUAUUGCCGCAAGAAAUGUUUUUGAAAGUAACCACUUCUGGAAAUAUAUUUUCAGAUUAA